CAACAGCAGCAGUAGCAGCUCUGCCUUUGUGUUUGUCUGUGUGUGAAGAAAAUGUAGGGCAGCCGCUUGUUCUCCCUCCCUCUACCAUCUCUCUCCCUAUCUUUUCCUCCGUCUGUCUUUGUUUCCGCGUUGUGCUGGCGUAGCUGCAGUCGCCAAGGCGACGGCUGACAUUGUUGCCUCGGCUCCACUUCCGUAUUUGCAGAGGCUUUCUGUCCCUGUCUUUCUCUCCCUCUCUGUCUCGGUUUACCUCAAGGAUUUACAGAGGGAGCAUGUAACCUCCCUAAGGAACCAUUAUCUGCGUAAGGGUGUGUGUGUGUGUGUGUGUGUGUGUGUGUGUGUGUGUGACGGAGAGGUGAGGUGUCUUCAGGAUCCAGACAUGAAUUCCUGUUGGAAAAUGAAGAUUCAGAAUGAAAAGCCUCUGGGUCAUUCUGCAAGCAGGUCCAGCAAUAUAUCAAAGGCGGGGAGCCCGACUUCAGUCAACGCUCCAUGCAGUUUCUCAAGGACGUCAGUUUCUCCCUCCAGCCAGGACAUCUGCAGGAUUUGUCACUGUGAAGGGGAUGACGAGAGCCCUCUGAUCACACCAUGCCACUGUACGGGGAGCCUGCGCUUCGUCCACCAGUCCUGUCUACAGCAGUGGAUCAAGAGCUCUGACACUCGCUGCUGUGAGCUCUGUAAAUAUGAGUUCAUCAUGGAGACCAAGCUCAAACCGCUGCGCAAGUGGGAGAAGCUCCAGAUGACGGCGAGCGAGAGGAGGAAGAUUAUGUGUUCGGUCACCUUCCAUGUCAUCGCCAUCACCUGCGUGGUGUGGUCGCUCUACGUUCUCAUCGACAGAACAGCGGACGAAAUCAAACAAGCCGGAAGAAUCCCAGGGAUCCUUGAAUGGCCUUUCUGGACCAAGCUGGUGGUGGUGGCCAUCGGCUUCACGGGUGGACUGGUGUUUAUGUAUGUCCAGUGCAAAGUCUACAUUCAUCUAUGGAGGAGACUCAAGGCUUACAACCGGGUCAUAUACGUCCAGAACCGGCCAGAUACGUGUAAAAAGCUGGCGCUGGAGAAGCCGCCUCUAUUGGAGCCAAGUCUCGAUAACAAGGAGGCUCUGGCCCCAACCCAGUCGGACACAAACUCCUCCCAGUACACAGAGACAGAGGACUACAGUUUGGAAGUGCUCCAUGUCUGACCACUCCAUGCCAUUGGUUGUCCUACUUAUACACACACAAACAGGCAGCAGUUGUGGAAAUGCUCUGUGGCUGAGGAACGACAAGACCCUCCCCUUUUCCUGAUGCCCGACCGACCCACCGUCCUCCUCCUGGUCAUCUAAUAUUCCUGAAACUCCAUCCACAGAGACAGACGGACCAAGACCUUGUGUCUUCUUCUAUCCACAUUCCUCCUAUCAUACCUUAUUCCUCCCUCAACCUGCGCCCUCAAUCCACACACUCGCCUCUUUCUUUUCCCAGGACCAGACAGAAUUUACUGACUUGUGUAAAUUUGUGAAGAGGCCUGGAGCAUACCACUAUAUAUAUAUAUAUUACACACACACACACACACACACACACACACACACACACACACACACACCCUUUUAUGUACACCUCUGGGAGAGCAAGACUGAGACGAAAGGACUCCCAAACGCUCCGGAGGUCUACACGUCUCUGAUGUGUGGUUUGUUUACUUGUGAGUUUGUUAGAUUUGUUCGUUUUUACCUCCUGUGAGUCUUGGGCUAACCUGCCGUGGAUCAGUAUGUAGCGCCGCACAUCGGAUCUCUGGAACAUUCCAGCUACUGCCAUCUGUGUUGCUGGUCUGAAUCCGAUCAGGCCUUGAUCUGGACAAGCAUCGAAGCACUUUUGUUUUUUAGUUCCCAAAACAAAUCCCCCUCCCUUUCUCUUUGCUCCUUUUUUUGUCUUUAAUAUGAAUUAAGUCGUAUAGUCUUGUACAUGGGGGAGAGCACGCUCAAAAUUGGAAAUGUUUGUUUCCUGUUUUAUUUGACAUUGCAUUUCCUCAUACACAUAUAUUAAUCCUCCCAUUUAUGACAAAAAAGGAAUUGGGGUUAAAAAGUGGAAUCAUGCUGAAGAAACAUUUGAGUGUUAUAGUCAGAACAGGAAAAAGGCAAGGUUUGAGAAUGAUGUCAGGCUCAUAGCUCUAAUGCAGAUGGGGAAAUCCAGCCACAUGACUUCUUUACCCCAACGUGAAAUUACUGAAGGCUUUGAGAAUGUAAACUUUUUUUAAAAAAAAGAUUAUAAAAAUAAAAUAAAAUUUAAAAAAAACAAACAUUUUUACUGUCACAGGAGAUCAUUUCCAUGAUCAUAAACGAGAGCCUUUGGACAAACGGUGUUGCUCGUGUUUUUUUUAUCCUGCGAAUGACAGUGUGAUAUUCCUUGUGCAGUUUUUAAUAUGUUGAUUUGUUUGCUUAGUCACGGGAUACGCCUUGAGAAAUCUACAGCUGCCUAUUUUCAGUCUUUCCUCCCAUCGCUCCCAUUGUGCAGGUGGUAAUUGAUUGACCCCAAAUUGAUAGUUUUGAUUAAAAACCAGGCAGACUGUAACUGUGUGUAUUUAAAUUUAACUGCUUAAAAAACGCUUCAGGCUCAUUUUUGCUCUGCAUGUCUGCACAUUUACAAUCAAUCUCUUCAGUUAUGCUGACACACUUCAGCACAGUGUAUAAGAUGUGAGAUCUGUUUAGACGCGACGUAUACUAAUUACUUUUACUGUCCCCUUGUAAAAAUUCAUUUUAGAUAGGAUCAUCACCGGUACAUGUCUUGUUUCUUCUUGCCAGACUCAUAUCACAUGGUGGAGGAUGUCUAUUUUAGCAUUCAAGCACAAAGACAGCUAGUGCUUUGCCUCUCAUUUGUGCCUUAUGUGGCUCAAAUCAGACAAGUUUUUCCAACACCUGAAGAAGCACAGCAUAAAUACUGUAACUGCAUUAUUUCAGUCAUUUAUUGUAGGUCACUCUCAUGCAUCAACAAACAGAUAAUUUAUUUUACAAUAAAAGCAAGUAAUGCUUCCAUACAUUUGCUGCCUGUGACAGAUUUACAGCAUCCGUAUCAAUAUCCCUCAUUGACAAGCUGACUAGUGCGCCACCUGCUGUUGUGAAGCUCUAGUUGCAGUCUGCGGUAGGCAGCAGUUGAUUUCUCAGAGCAAUGUGUUUUGGGCUUUUGUGUAUGUGGGAGCACAGCAAUGCCAGGCUCAUGUUGAGCCUCACAGCCAUUCCAGCAACACACACAUUUUUAAAAACUAGUCUUUGAUAUACUGUCUGUGAACACCGAUGGUCCAACCACAUCUGACCAUGACUGCUCAGCAGCAGCAAUAAAUGAAAUCUGCGCUUUGUUUUUUGCAACAGUGCAUACUGUAUGUGUGUAUACGCCCCAUGGUGACUUGAGAUCUGGAGUCUAACAUAAUUUUAAUACAUAAUAUGAGCCGAGGGAGCUGUUGUGUGUCAAGUUGGAUUAAGACCUAGUAAUGAGAAGCUUCUCUGAAACUUCAAUACCCACGAGGCUCAGUGCAAUUAGACAGAUAAAAAGUGCAAUUACCCUUUUUGUUGUUAUUCUAUUAUAUAGUUAUGUAAUGGUGUUUAAUGUCCAGGGUUUCCUCUGGGUAUAAAAUCAUUAUUUCUUUAUUUUGUGUUGUAUUUAUUUUUAAAAGAAAACAGAGUACAACUUGUUCAUUUAAAAAUCCCCUUUCAUAAGUAAUUUUAUGCAACUUACACUUUUUUUUUCCCCCCAGGCUUUUUGUUUUGCGUUUAAGUUUGUCAUUUAGAUAUUAAACUUGUAAAAAAAAAAAAAAAGACUUGGUUGCUCGACCUUAAUGUGAAUAUCUGCUCUUCCUUCUGGCUUUUUAAAUUGCUUGAUGAAUUUUGUUUUAAAUAUGCAGAAUACAGACAUUUAUUCAUAGCAUCAAAUUCAAACAUUUCAUGUGUUCCACAUAAAAACAACGUGGAACAUUCAGACGUAUAGUAAGAUUUAAAGAUGGACUGGAGAUUAUAGACUUUUUUUUUUUUUUUUUUUAACUCUCUACUCAUAGGAGCUGGCUCCUUUCAUGAAGUCUGAGAAAGAGAUGAUGUAGUCUAGAUGAAGAUUGAGACCACUUUAGGACUCUUUUACAAGCAGGCAUAAUUCUCUCUGAGAGCAGCUUUUUCUUUUACUUUCUUGGUGUUUAUCACCAUGAUCUUAUUUCUCUAUUGUGUAAUUCUAUUGAGCAGGACAUCGAUUGAGAGGGAAAAGUACUUUCUCUGCCUCACUGUCCCAGUAUUUUAGGUUUAAGUCAAAAUUUUUCUAUCUGUCUUUACCCUGUCGCUUACAUUUUAUCUUGUCUGGGAAUAGUGUAACUUGCAUAAAGCUACAUUCGUUUACUACUGACUGGACUUGAACAUAUAUGACUGUUUCCCUGUCUUAUGAUAUCAUUCCACAAGUGUGUCUGUGAAUUUACUUUGAAAUAGUAACUGUAAAGAAUUUGGUAAAAGUACUUUGUUUGUUUUUAAAAGAAAUAUUGAUGUGUUUUCAGUUUAACUACCCAUUAUUGAACAAAAGUAUGUAGAAUUAAAAAGAACAACCAAAUAAAAAUUAAGUUACUUUUAA